UUUAGUCAGAUUUAAAACGCGCAGUGAAGAAGAACGGACGCAAAAGAUAUAAAUCGAAGCCCAAAAGUGUUUAAAGUAUAAAAUUGUCAUUGUGAAGUUUUACAGUUAAUCCCUUUAUAUAAACGCAUAAACGCAUGUGUGGUUAACUAUUUAUUGAAAUUUGAAAUACAUGUAAAAAGAAAAAGACAUAAACUCAACAAUUUCGCGAAAGAGUAAAUAACGAAACCAAUAGAAAUUGUUGUUAUAUUUCAUAACGACCUUAUUUUGUAAGAAAUAGUAAAAAAAGCCAAACGGAAGUACUAGAAAUUUCGUUGAAUUUUAUUAACUAAGCAGUAAUGGCUGCCAAUGGGGUCAUUUUAUUGCUAACACUGACACUGUUUAGUGUCAGCUCGAUAAACACCCAAUACUACUCUGACUAUGAACCAGAAGCUGAGUUUGUACCACUGGAAGAACAGCAAAGACAUCAGCAAAAUAAUCAACAGACUGGGCGUCAUAACGAAGAAAAACCAUUCGAUGUUGAAGUGGUAAGCGGUGAUAUUAACGGUGGCAGCAGCCAUUUGCCAGGUUUAUUUUUCCAUCAAGCGUUCCCCUUUUUGGGUAACAGUUUCUUCAAUUCCUUUGGUGGCUUCGGAAUUGGCACCCAACAAGAACCAUGGUGGAAAGGCCCGAACGUAUGCACUGAGAAAGAGGAAGAUGAAAAGGUUAUGGAUGAAAAUGAUGGAAACGAAGAAACUGAAACUGCCGAUGGCACUGACACUACUGUUCAAGUCAAACAGCCAUACUUUGGACAGUUCCACUUCAGCAUGAACUCCUGUGUAGAAAAGCCAAGCAAAUAUAUAUGCAAGCGAGUCGUUAACAAGAACGGCCGGAAAAAAACCUUAACCAUUACCAGACAAUGCUGUCAUGGUUACGGACGUCCACGGAAUGCUGCUUAUGCUACGCCAUGUGAUAAAAUCGAGAUAAAAGAUGUAGAAUCUACCGCAGCCGACGUAGGCGCCAAAGACUUUGUGAUCAAAGCGAAAAAUAGUGGACUAAAUGACAUGAUAAUGUCACGUAAAAACCUUACCAUGUUUUUGCCUGUAGAUGAAGCCUUCAGCAGCUAUUCAGAUUUAUUGCAAAGUGAAAGUAAUUUGGUGGAAAAGCAAAACGACGAUGGUAUGAAGAAAUUAUUCUUACGUCAUGUUGUUGAUGGUGAAGUUAGCAUGGAUGAAGUACGUAAUGAACAACUAUUUAAAACACAAGUCGGCGGGCAGAAUAUACGCAUUAACAGCUAUCAAGUGCCUUUAUCACUCAGCCCCGAACCCUAUCGUUAUACGGCCAACUGUGUACCCAUUUUAAAACACGAUAAGUCAACCGAGCAAGGUAUGAUCCAUACUUUGGAUGGAAUUAUGAAACCUGUCAAUAAGAAUUUAAUGGAUAUCAUACGCGACCGUAGAGAUAUGUCAAUUAUGCGUACUGUACUUGAAAAGACUAAAUUAAGCGAUUUAUUGGAAGGGGAAAAACCGUUGACCAUCUUUGUACCCACUGAUGAUGCUUUUGACAAACUAGAAUCACAUUUACGACGUGUCUUAAAAGAAGGCAAGGGCUGUGCUUCAAAUAUACUUAAGAAUCACAUGCUUGAUUUAACUUUCUGCUCAAUUGCUUCAGUGCCUGGGGCAAAGACUACCGCUUACAACUUACUAGGUGAACCAAUGCGGUUCAAUCGAUCUACGCAUGGCGGUGAAAUAGAACAACCUCAACCCAUUGUAAUUAACGGUGUAGCGAAGGUCGUAGAAACUGAUAUUAUGGGAACAAAUGGCGUUGUGCAUGUUAUAGAUACUAUUAUGCCUACAGAGACCGCUUUGCCUUUAUCUUCGCUUAUGCAAGAAAAAAACGUCACUAUAUUCAGACGUUUGCUGGAAAUUUCUGGGUUGGAUAAUGCUUUCGACGAUAUGGAUAAUUUAACAAUGUUCGCUCCUACUGAUAAAGCCUUGGAGAGCACCGAAUGGUCGAAAAUGUUGGAAGAGAAUCCAGAACAGCUGAUAAAUAAUAGGAAUCUUAAUGAAUUUUUAAGUUAUCACGUAACCAAGCCGAUGACAAAGACAUGCGACCUGAAAGAACAACUAAUGCCAACAAUAGGAGGAGGCAACGUACGUAUCCACUUGUUUUCUACUCAUUCACUGUUCACAAACGUUAUGAAUCGCGCUACCGCCAAUUGUGCUCGUCUUGUGCAUUUCGAUGAUGAAAGCUGUGGCUCGGUCUUGCAUCAAGUAGAUAAACCAUUGAUUCCUCCGAAAAUGAAUCUAUUGGAGAUGCUGCAAAAUAAUCCUAAUUAUAGCAAAUUUUUGGAACUUGUUCAAGCAGCUAAUCUUACCAAUUUACUCGUUAAUCCCGAGGAAGAUUACACUCUUUUAGUGCCUAAAAACGAUGUCUUCGAAGAACUGGACGAGAACGUCACUAAGGAGCCCACUGAAUUGGAAAGUCUCAUUAAAACUCAUAUUGUUAAUGAUGUGAUUUGCUGCGCCGGUAUUAUUCCGACCAACUGGCCAUUUGUGAGAUCUAUUGAAUCACUGAAUGGUCAUCAUUUACGCAUUACCCGAGACCGUCGUCCCAAAAUACAAAACGCUGGCAUUACUAAGUGCGAUGCUAUGGCUACUAAUGGGAUAAUACACGAAAUGAACGAUAUCGUAGUCCCCUCUAGCCGACAAUCGCAACAACCGCAAAGACCUCACCAACAUUUCUCACACCAUCCGCAAGAGGACAUAUUUAGUGAUCUCUUCUUUUAAGCUAAAUGAAAAUCAGAAGAGCGGAGGAAUUGGUUGCGCACACGAGAAGAAAAUAAACAUCAUUCAAUAAAAGUAUAUUUUCUAUAAACAAUAUUUA